AUGAAGAUCCGGCAGACCUUUCUCCUCAUCCUGGUGAGCUCCUUGGGGUCUCUGGCCCUGGAAGACCUCAAACAGAAGACUUUGGUUUUCCCAGAGGCAUCCAACACAGCUCAUGUGAUUUUGAGGCCUGUGCGUCAGCAACCUUUGACCAAUUUCACCGUCUGCCUGAGAUCCUACACAGACCUGAGCCGUGGCCACAGCCUUUUCUCGUACGCCACCAGGAAGGCCUACAACGAGUUGCUGGUCUACAAACACAAACCCAACCAAUACAGUUUGUAUGUGGGGGGGUCAAUGGUGACCUUCAGCAUUGCAGACAAUCCGGUCCCCAAACCGCUGUGGGAGCACAUUUGUGUCAGCUGGGAGUCCGUCACAGGAAUAGCAGAGCUUUGGCUGAACGGGGUUAGCUUGCCCCGCAAGGGAAUGAAGAGAGGUUACACCAUCGGUCCGGAAGCUUCUAUCGUCCUUGGGCAGGAGCAGGAUUCCUUUGGAGGAGGCUUUGACAUCAACGAGUCCUUCACAGGGGAGAUCUCGGAUGUGUUCAUGUGGGAUCGGGUGCUUUCCUCCCAGGAGGUGGUCUCCGUUCGGUAUGGCGACCGCCUUUCCAACUACUUGAUUGACUGGCAAUCCCUAAAUUAUGAAAUCAAAGGCUAUGUGGUGGUGAAGCCCUCCACGUUUUCUUCUAGCUAA